GCAGUUAAUGUCUACAGUGAAAUCUGUCCACCUCCUCGAUCACAAUUGCUCAGAGUUGUGCGGUUACACGAUAUCAUACGAGUAAUGUGACGCAUGUUUAAACCGCACCUCGAUCACAGAGAAAAACCGUAGCGCUUCACGCCCAACAGGGAGUAAAACACCUGACACUACACACCUUACUGCAUGUAAAGAGAGACCGCGAUGGCGGAGGAGGCAGAUUUUAUGCGCACUGUACUGCCCGUUCUGGGGUCUUCGCGGUCGGAAGACACUUCUUUGGCUUUACCGCACACGGACAAACUCACUCAUGCCGAUACUCACCGGCGAAACCGACUACAGCAACAAGUCCAGCUGACACUCUCGCGGAAAAGAAAGAAACCUAAAAUGCCAGAUUCAUCUCUAUCAGAAAGCCUAUCCAACUGUCACAUAUCACGUAGUGUUUCAUUAGGAAACAUUCAACUUAAGCAAAUCAACACGUUUGUCAACCAUGAUGCUACGCCACAAGCAGCAAGGCCGUCGUGGAUAGGUGAUCAAUCUCAGUGGCCAAACACAGUGCCUGCUCACUUCCACAGGGGCUUCCGAAGCUUUCGUUACAGCACAAGACCUGGAUUUAACUCUUCCACUCUCCCCACCGCCACUCCAACCGACAACUUCCAUUCAAUUAAACGGCCAUUACGUUACGCCCGCUCUGAGGUUCUGCGUGACCCAAGGUUAUUCGUUUCUGGACUUGUGGGUGUUGUGAAGCUCCCUAUUAAACCUGUUUAUGAUGACAAUUUCGAGGAUAAUAGGGAUUACGUCUUUUUACCCAGCACCUCACACAAUGCUGUCCCAGAAGGGUUUGGUAAGAACUGGUUGAAGUUGCAGAAGCGCUGUCUUCCAAUAACCUUCAGCAAGAAGAGUGAGGGAGCUUUCGGUUCUCAUGAACAGACAGAGAACGUGUCCUGGCAGGGUCACAAGCGGAAGCCGAGCCUGGAGGUUGUUGAAGGAAGACAACCCUCCCAACCUGGCUCGCUCAUCAGUAUGGCGGAAAAGUCAGGAAGUUCGGGAUGGAUUGAAAACCCGGAGGUCAAAAAACACACAAUGACAGCUUCAACAAAGGCUGGCAGGACAAAUGAGCACGAGACAGAGAUGACACUUAAAGAGGCUGUAAAUCUCCUAGAGGAAGAUGACUUGGAAACACAAAUCACGGCAGUUAAUUUCAUACAGAAGCAGUGCUUAUACAGACCUCACAAUAAGGAAAAGAUACAUAUUCUAAAGGGUAUUCCAAAGCUGCUGAAGGUCCUGCAGAAUCACAACGAGGAGCUCCAGCAGGCCACCGCCGGCGCACUCCGAAACGCCGUUUACGAAAACAGUGAAAACAAGAUGGACGUCAAAGACUGUGAAGGGCUUCCAGUGAUCCUGAGUACGCUCAGGAAGAACCGAGAUAUUGAGACCCGAAGGCAGCUGACCGGUAAACCUAUCAUACUACAUCUCAAAUCCAUUACUCUGACUAAGAAAAGAUUCAGAAAUGUGACCUACACUGAUUCUCCGAUGGUGAUUAUCUCCUCAGGGCUGCUGUGGAAUCUUUCAUCUCAUGACCUGUUGAAAGAGCAGCUCGCAAGAGAAGCGGUCAAACCUAUCACAGACAACGUCCUGGUGCCUUGCUCGGGCAUUUCUGAGGGGGAGGAUCCCAAACUAGACCUUUUGGCUGACAUUGACGUUUUAUACAAUGCUACUGGGUGCCUGAGAAAUUUAAGUUCUGCCGGUCCCGAUGGACGUAAAGCCUUGCGGGACUGUGAGGGCCUUAUUGAGUGCCUCAUCUAUUUCAUCCGUAGCACCAUUUCAGACCAUAAACCCGAUGACAAGGCCACAGAAAACUGUGUGUGUAUCCUGCACAACCUCUCUUAUCGGUUUGAUUGUGGGAUGUCUAAUAUGGAUGUCCCAGAGGUUAAGGAGUCCAGACAGAGUCUCGCAGCACAAAACAAUAAUCCUGGCUGUUUCAUCAUCAACACUCCAAAAAAUAUUGAAGAGGAAACAGAGGAAGAGUAUCCUAUGCUGGAAGAGAAUGCCAGUCCUCAAGGUGCAGAGUGGCUCUGGUGCGCAAUCACUAUCCGCAUGUAUCUCUCGCUUAUUGCUGUCAGUAAAAACAAAAACACAAAAGAGGCGUCCAUUGGAGCACUUCAAAACCUCACCGCUUGUUCUGCGGAGAUAUCUCAGGCCAUCGCAAACUUCAUUGUGCAUAAAGAGGGAGGCCUCCUUCACGUGAAAAAGAUGCUGCAAGAUGAGAACAACGAAAAAAUAAGAAUAUGUGUGUCAUUUGUAAAAAAUGUGUCCCGCUACAGAGAACUGCACAAAUACAUUGUUAAACAGGUGCUACCAGAUCUGAUUGCCAUAGUAAAAAUCUCUGACAGAAGCUCAGAACAACCCAUAGAUGUCAUUGUCACAAUCUUUCACAUCCUCAUCAACUUGUGCAAUGAGUCUAUGAAGAACACCUGUGAGAUUGUAAACCAAAGAGUCAUACCCACCAUUAUCAGCAUCAGCACCAAAGAUAAUGGGUUUGGGCCCACACGGGCAGCCCAGGCAGCUUGUAUUCUAUUGCAUACACUGUGGAGGUAUUCUGAGCUGCACAGCAGCUAUAAGAAGGCUGGUUAUAAGAAAUCCGAUUUCACUAACAAAAGGAUACUAAAGGUUGUGCAUUCUUUCCGUGAAUAGGAGGAUGCAGUGCAAGGAGAAGACUUUUCAUUUGUUAACUUUAAAAACCUACUUUGACAUAUUUUAAACUGGUGCUAAGUAAUAUAGCUUUUGUGUGUAUUUGUUAUUUUAUUUUAAUUUAAUAUUAUUUGUUUUUUUGUACUUUUGUUUAUAUAUAGUGAAAUACUGAUUAUGCCUGUUGACUGUAAACAACUUUAUUUAUUUAAUCUUUUAUUUUGU